CAUGGCAGGUGACUUGAAGUAUAUGUCUGGAUUUGGCAAUGAGUUUGCAUCAGAAGAUCCCAGGUGUCCAGGCUCUCUCCCUGAGGGACAGAAUAACCCUCAAAGGUGCCCAUACGGCCUUUAUGCAGAACAAUUGUCUGGAACAGCCUUCACUUGCCCAAGAGAGACGAAUCAAAGAAGUUGGCUGUACCGAAUUCGACCAUCGGCCAUCCAUCAGCCAUUCAAGCCACUGGAGAAGGGUGGUCUAACAGAUGACUGGGAUAGUGUGGAACCUAACCCUAAUCAGCUGAGAUGGCAUCCGUUCAAAAUUACUCCUCAAAUGGAGAAAACCGUGGAUUUUGUGGAGGGUCUACACACAAUCUGUGGGGCGGGGGACUCCAGGAGCAGGAGUGGGAUAGCCAUUCAUAUUUACACUUGCAACACACCAAUGGAGGAUAGAUGUUUCUACAACUCAGAUGGAGAUUUCUUAAUAGUGCCUCAACAAGGAAGUUUGCGGAUCACAACAGAAUUUGGGAAGAUUCAAGUUGACCCUAACGAGAUCUGUGUUAUUCAGCAAGGUAUACGAUUCAGUGUUAGUGUGAAAGCAGAAAGCCGAGGGUACAUUUUGGAAGUGUACAGUGGCCAUUUCCAAUUGCCCAACCUGGGACCCAUUGGAGCCAAUGGUCUAGCCAAUCCACGAGACUUCCUCACCCCUGUAGCCUGUUAUGAAGACAGAGAUGUUCCCAAUUACACCGUCAUCAGUAAAUUUCAGGGAAAGCUGUUUUCUGCUAAACAGAACCACUCCCCAUUCGAUGUUGUGGCCUGGCACGGGAACUACGCCCCUUACAAGUACAAUCUCAGUAAUUUCAUGACCAUCAACUGUGUGGCUUUUGACCAUGCUGACCCUUCAAUAUUCACUGUGUUAACCUGUCCGUCUUUGAAACCAGGGGUGGCUGUGGCAGAUUUCGUCAUUUUCCCUCCCAGGUGGUCAGUACAGGAGCACACAUUCAGACCACCCUAUUAUCACAGGAACUGUAUGAGUGAGUUUAUGGGACUGAUCUGUGGAUCAUAUGAAGCCAAGGAAGAAGGUUUCCGUCCAGGGGGAGCCACCUUACACAGUAUGAUGACCCCACAUGGUCCGGAUGCCACUUGCUUUGAGAAGGCCUCCACAGAUGAACUGAAGGCAGUCAAGAUAGCGGAAGGCACCAUGGCAUUCAUGUUUGAGUCCAGUUUUAGCAUGGCUGUGACUGAGUGGGGGAACUCAACCUGUGAGGCUGUAGAUGAAAAUUACUACCAGUGCUGGCAACCCCUCAAGAAACACUUUGAUCCCAAUUGGAAGAGGCCUGACUCUAAAGACCCUUCCGAGAGAAAAACCUACACAUUUUAGACAGGAAUCUUGCUGUCAGUCUUCAUCCUGGAUGCUUUGAGACAUAUCUUGUGAUCAGUUAAAAGAAAUUGCUAUUAUGUUGGCAGCUAGCUAAAUGAUUUUAGUGAAUGAAUUGCAUGAUUUACAAAUAUUUUCUCAUUUAAAGUAUUAAUUUCUGCACGGAAAAACUUGCAUCCAACUAGUCACCACAGUAUUAAGUGGUCUGUAAUUUGAAACUGAUAAUACCGGCUAUAUAUUGACAUACACAACAUGCUUCUUUCCUUUGGUAUUAAAGGAAAGAAGAUAAAACAGAAUUAUUUACAUGUACAUACAUUGCCAGAGAAGCAUGCAAAUGCAUGUGAAUUGCAAUAAAUCACCCACAAAGGUAUACUUUUGUCUUUUUGUGGCAAAGCCACAAUGGCAUAAAACCUGUUUUUGUGUUAACAUGCUGAUAGUAUACUCCAAAUUAGGUGAGAAAAAUCAUCAUACUCAGAGAAAGUUGGUGUCUUAUAGAGCCUAGGCUACAUGAGAAAUUAAAUAUUUCUGGUAAAACAGAAGUCCACGAGACAUUACGUGCAAAGCUAUAAAUUUACCAAUUUGCUGUAACAAUUUAAUUUGGGUUUGUUGUAGGAGGUAUUUUAACAUCCAGUAUUAUCCUUCUUUCCAGAGCACAUUUUGUGAUCUUCCAAAGUGUCUUGAAUCUAAAAUAAUGAUAAUAAAGUCUGUUUUAUGUAAUAUGAUAAAAUAAAUAUCUAUAUACAUGCACUGGUAUGCUUCAAAGCUCUGUUUGUGCAUUGUCAUUGUGUUGUCAAUGUGUUGUCAGUAUCAAUUGACAAUGCAUAAGUCUAUUUUGGGACGUUGAAUUUUAUGAGUUUUAAAUUGGAAUACAUAUCAUGCUGUGUAGUUUUGAUGGAAAAAAAAUAUGUAACACCAAAGCAUGAAUUUCUUUAUGAAUCAUAAAGUAAAGGGCAUUAUGCAAAUCAAGUGCUUUUCAUGUUUUGUCAGUUAAGCCCAUUUACAGUUUUUCUACAUAUACAAUGUAUGUAUUCCAGAAUAUAUUUUAUCAAAUUGUGGUGAAUUGGUUUUGGUGCUUUGUGUGAAAUGAAAUUUUGAUUUUGUGUUGAGUGGUGAGAGGGUGAUACUAUGCAAUAUUCAGGUGCUGCCAGAGCUCGUACUGUAUUCAUUUCUAGCAAAGUAGCCAGCUUUCCUGGCAAAUUAUUAGGCUCCAUUAGGUCUAUGUCAAUAAAUACAAAAGUGUAAAGAAGGAGGGCUGAUGCAUAGACUGUUCCACUUGUAAAAUUUAACGAUUACAUGUAUGUUAGACUACUGGAAUUCUUCCAACUUUUUACAGGUGUGCUAGAGUUUUUUUUAAGCAUAUUGUGAGGGCAUUAUUCUGAUCAAACCUUCACGAUCAAAUUUGGUAUCAAACAUGAAUAAUAAAAAAAUAUUAGGUGUUGUUACUUCAGCCAAGAAGACUAUAUCAUUUCACAGCUGUAUGACGAUUACAAAGAUAUAUUGAUAUUUUGUAGUGAAUUCUAAAUUAAAACCUCUUACCAUACCGUAACGUUUUUAACAACAAUAUAAGCAUAUGCUAAUGCUUUACAUUGUUGGCUGGUUAUUUAAAAUUUGCAAUAAUAUUUGACCAAAAUUUUACCGGGCAACCCUGACUGCAAUGGUUCAGUUACUGUCCAAUUAAACCUAUCACAUUUGACUCCUUAAUUGUUUCCCUUGGCAGCCAGCAUUUCAUCCUCGGCACCCCAACUAUGGAACUCGUUAUUUCAUUGUUAUGUAAAAACUUUCACGAAAGGUGACACAACCUAAUGAUCCUGAAAAAAUUGCUCUUAGAUUCCAGCAUCAAUGUCCCAAAAUAUUGAAACAGGAAUCAUGUAUCUUCAGUCUUGUCAUGAUGUCAUAGUGACAGGAGGCUAGUAUUUGGGGACUUACUGAUGUCAGCCAAGUGAAAUUGUUUUGUGUUAUUUGUGUUGGUCGAGGCCAAGGUCCUAAUGUAUGUGUACAUUCAUGUGGGAAAUCUUUGGGAUUGUGUAUAGAUUUGUUUAGAAACACAAACAAAGGGAGUUAACCAGUGCUUGGCAUUGACCACUGGGUCGAUGCAAACUUUGAGUGGUCUUCUUCUGUAGAUCUGUUCAAGCUGCUACAUCAUUUAGAAGGUAUGAAAUUUACUCUAUCAUAAUUAUGUUCUCAUUUUUUUCAUAGUUAUCAUAAAGGAUAUACUUAUUGUAUAUAUAAGUAUGUUCAUGCUGUCAUUCAUGCUUGCUGUGAUUUAUACCCCAGGGGCCCCCUUUCACAAAACUUCCUAGUCAUAUUUCUCGUAACAUUUUUCAGACGUUGUCUAGGUUACCGUGCUAUAAGGCGAUGUCGUUUACAAGAAAAGUUUUGUGAAAGAAGGCCCAGAAGCUUAUUUGAAGAACGGUUAAUUUUGUUCUGGGCACUGACACUGAUGUGUUUGUCAAAACUUUAAGAACAUUGUGUAAAUCUGCUAUCAACCAGAAGGCUAUGUGAUAUCAGUAAUAAUCAGAGUAUGUAUGCCUGUGUUAAGUGAACACAAAAAUAAGGUAAAAUACAUUCUGAAAAGUAUUGUAAGCUGUGUAUGUGGUGAAAGGGUUUUUUUUCCCAUUGCAAUAUAUAAAUUGGAUUUUUAAAAGAAGAUAAUAUAUAUUUUGCAAUAUGCGUCCAAGAUCUGAUCUGCCAUUAUUUGUUAUGUAAAUUAGUUUCUGCCCAAAAAACAUUUAUGUAACAAAUGUAAGUUAUUCAGAUGGGGUAAUUCCAACUUGAAUAAUGGUAACAAUUACUAAGAUGUGUUUUUUAAGAAAUUUGUUUUGGGCAUUUCUCACGGUGAGUAAAUACAAGCUUACUAUAUAUAUAUCUCAGUGUUAAUUGACUAUAAGUGCUUGGUUACAGGUGUCUAGCUAUUUGGAAUUGGUGUACUGUAUUUUGUUAUUCUUGUGAAGACCCACAUGCCUUGUAAGCUAAUGUUAAGAAUGGAUAAUCCGUCUGAAGUUGAAGUUUUUCAAUAAAUCUUGAAUGUGGU